AUGUCUCUCUCACUGAAAGUUUCCCACAUUUCAAAUUUCUCCAACGAUUGUUUCAACAGUGUAAAGCAAUGCAGAGCCGGUCAGAGAUUGGAAAUUAGGUCGAUUUGUUUCCGUCGAAGCCCUGAUUUCGAAUCCAGACGGAUCCAUUUGAAUUCCGAGCUGUCUUCUCUGAAAUUGAGAACUCGAUGUGUGGGAUCGGAUGUGGUAACCGGGGAGAUAUCCGGGCGAUCGGUGCCGGAAUGGACUUAUAGCGGCUUGAAGGACGAGACUUUAAGCGAUUUGGAGCCGGAACUCGAUGGCGGUGACGGCGGCGAUGACGGUGACGGUGGAAACAACGACGGAAACGGGAAUGGUGGUAACGGCGACGGAGGAGGAGACGGCGGCGAUGAUGGUGAGGACGAAGCAGAUAAAGCAGAGGAGAAGGAGUUUGGUCCGAUUCUGAAGUUCGAUGAAGUUAUGAAGGAGACGGAACGUAGAGGGAUUAAACUACCGGAGGAUAUGUUGGAGGCUGCGAAAUCCGUGGGGAUUCGGAAACUGUUCCUUCUCCGUUACCUCGAUCUACAGGGCUCUGUUUGGCCACUUGGGUUUCUGAUGAGGACUUGCUCGAUGCUUCGAAACAGAAUGCUUGCAGAUCCUUCGUUUCUCUUCAAAGUUGGAACCGAGGUAGCGAUAGACUCUUGCUGUGCAACAUUUGCGGAAGUACAGAAGAGAGGGGAAAAUUUCUGGUCGGAGUUUGAGUUGUAUGCAGCUGAUCUUUUGGUUGGCCUUGUGGUUGAUGUCGCUUUGGUUGGACUUUUGGCUCCUUAUGCACGUAUCGGGAAGCCAUCGGUCGCGUCGUCAACAGGCUUGUUUAAGGGGCUUAAACGUUCUUGUGCUGCCCUUCCUAGCAGUGUUUUCGAAGCUGAAAGACCGGGUUGUAAAUUCUCGGUUAACCAGCGGAUUGCAACUUUCUUCUACAAGGGCCUCUUGUAUGGUUCGGUUGGAUUCGGCUGUGGUCUCGUCGGUCAGGGAAUCGCAAAUCUCAUCAUGACGGCAAAACGGAGUAUAAAGAAAUCAGAGGAAGACGUCCCUGUUCCACCUCUAUUCGAAAGCGCUGCUCUCUGGGGUGUGUUCCUUGGCUUAUCGUCCAAUGCACGUUACCAAAUCAUCAACGGCCUCGAACGCGUCGUGGAAGGUUCUACAGCAGCCAAACGCAUUCCUGUGGUUGCCAUGGCGUUUACGGUUGGAGUCCGGUUUGCGAACAAUGUAUAUGGCGGUAUGCAGUUUGUGGAUUGGGCUAAAUUGUCGGGUGUCCAGUAG